GGCUUUGCCCCACACAGGCCGCGUGCGUUCGCGCGCCACAGUAAGCCACGUGGCGCUGCCAUCAUUCAUCUUCCGGAAGAGUCUCACGGCCCGCAGAGCAACAGCGGCGGUAGUGGUGGUGGUGUUGUACGUGUGGUGGUAUACGUGUGGUGUGUGUGUGGUGAGUGUGGCCUGCAUCUUCCGGAAGAGUAUCACGAUCCGCAGAGCAGUAGUGGUGGUGUUGUACGUGUGGUGUUGUACGUGUGGUGGUGUACGUGUGUGUGGUGCACGUGUGUGUGUGGUGUACGUGUGUGUGUGUGGCCUGCAUCUUCCGGAAGGGAGAGGUGGAGGUAGGGGGGGGAGUAAAAAAAACGAGAACGCGUUGGGUGCUCGUAUCCGAGCUGGGAAAUGUAAGAAUUGUCAGUCACCAAACCAACCCACCACCAUCAUCAUCGUCAGUCCGGCAUCUUCGACCAUGCAGCAGCCACUCCCGAUCGUCUACCUCGGCGGGGCUUCCCGCUCGUUUCCCGCGCGUUUUGUCGUCACCUCGAGGUGUUUUAGUUGUUUUUGGUAGAACAGGAGCGAGCGAGGAAGCGAGGGCAGCAGGAGAAGAAUAAGAAAGCGACGAAGAGACGAGACGAUGCCAAGGUGUAAGAAACGCUCCGGCACUAAAGGUGGUGGCGGCGGCGGCGCUCGCUAUGGCGUGGAGUCGGUCUGCAGCGAGGACGACUGCGCGAGUGAGGCGCGGAGCCACUGCAGCAGCGCCAGCGAAGUCACCAACGCCACUGAGGAUGUGGGUGGUGAGGCAACGGACGAACACGCGAACCAGGAGGACGUUGAAGACAAGUUGAAAGACUUCAUAGAAAGUACCCUGGAUAAAAGCGUGAAGAUCCGCCUGGCUGCGCUGGAAGGCCUGCGCUCUGCCCUGUCGAGGAAGAACCUCUAUGACUUCCUCACGGAGCGGAGGGUGACGCUCACUGACUCGUUGGAGCGAUGUCUGAAAAAAGGGAAGGGCGAGGAGCAGGCCUUGGCGGCGGUGGUGGCCACCCUGCUCGUGGUGCAGCUGGGGGCCAACAGCGAGGGGGAGGAGUGCUUCCGCACACUGCAGCCCGUGCUCACCAGCAUCCUCGUCAACGCGUCGGCGAGCGUGCACAGCAGGCAGAGCUGUGCUACAGCUCUGGCCAUGUGCUGCUACAUUUCGGAUGGAAUGGAGGAGCUGGUGGCCACCAUGAAGUGCCUGGAGGCGGUGUUCUCGGCGGCGUACCCUAGCGCGGGCUCGCCGGCGCCGGCCCCCAGCCCCGCGCUGCAGGCGCUGCGCUGCGCCGCGCUGCUCGGUUGGGCGUUGCUGCUCACCAUCUGCCCGGCCUCGCGUGACAUCAUCGCCAGUCACUUGCCCAAGCUGCCGGCCCUGCUGUCGAGCGACAACGUGAACAUGCGCAUCGCUGCCGGGGAGGCCAUCGCCCUGCUGUUCGAGCUGGCGCAUGAGGCGGACGCGGACUUCCAGUACGUGGGGGUGGAGGAGCUGUGCGACAAACUCAAGGACCUGGCCACCGACGGCAACAAAUCCCGCGCCAAGACCGACCGCCGCAAGCAGCGCGCCAUCUUCCGCGACGUCCUCAAGGCCGUCGAGGAGGGCGAGGCACCGUCGGAGACGAUACGCUUCGGGCCGGAGUGCAUCUACGUGGACAGCUGGCUGAGGAAGCGCACGUACGACGCGUUCAAGGACGCGCUGGGCUCGGGGGUCCGGCUGCACCUCCAGGAGAAUGAACUGCUGCGGGACAUCUUUGAGCUGGGACCUCCUCUGCUGCUGGACCCGUCGAUGUUGAAGACCACGAAAAUCUCUCGCUUCGAGCGCCACAUGUUCAACUCCGCGACGUUCAAGGCGCGCACGAAGGCGCGCAGCAAGAUGCGGGACAAGCGAGCGGACGUCGUCUGAGAGGCGCGGGAGGUGUUCAUUUUAUUUUAUAUAAAUAAAUAAAAAACCUUCACCUGCGCCGCACCGCUGCCACGGCCGCGUGUGGACGUGACGACGGUGCGACGGCGGCACGUUUUUGCAUGCGCAGGGGCUUUGGGCUGUCCCACUCGCUGUCUCUUGGUCUCGCGGUAAAAAAAAAAAAAAUAGAAAAAAAGUCAUCGCAAGCAGUGCACUCGAUUGGGGUUCCACACUUGGCGUCUUUCUUAACGGGCAAUUAGACAAGACGCUUGUUCCGUUUUAAGUCGCUGUGAAGUGCGUUUUGCCCUCCCCCUCCCCCGCCACCUCAAGAUGUUCUCAUUGUUUAACGGUAUCGACAAGUAGCUGUGUGAUCUUUAUAAAUUAUUAUCGCUCGGACCAGCCAGUGUUAUACUGCGUUGAAGGUUCCUCGCAGCGUUCGGGUCGAUGGUUUGAACCACCGCGAACGACGGGAGGCGGCCCCCCCCUUGUCAGCUGUUGAAAUGAAUGCUGUCGUGAACGAGGCAUAGGCGGGGGACCGCGUGCUACUCUGGGGGCAACUUAGUUGGCACGUUGUUUUGUUGGCUUGGGGGGGGGGGGGUGCUGCCCCUUGAUGCUCGAGCAUAAAGGGACGAUAUUUGGGAAUCGUCGACAGAGUGCCGUACGUUUGGCGUUGCGUCUACCGGAUUCUGAUAAAUGUGGGCAUUGUGAUGAAUGCAGUAAAAUCCCGUUAUAACGACUCCCAAUGAAAAUAAUUUCGGUGAAGGCAAAUUUUAUUUUGGGUACCUUGUGUAAAUUUCGUACUGUAACAACUUUGUUUUUUGUGUUGUAAUAACAACAAGCUACCCAUUGCAGCAGGGCUACAGAAUAACCGAUGUGUAAACACCCGACUAUUUGGGGUCGUUAAACAUCCUGUGGUAAUGACAGUUUGUCUUUCACUCUGUUGUUUCAUUGUGUAAAAAAAAAAUGCAGAUAAAAGUAGAUUUUCUAACCACCUUUCCAGCCAUAUCUGUCGUCAUAACACGAUUUUACUUGAAUAUUAGAUUUAAGCAGCUUUUUAGGGUGUGAUUGCUACCCGGUUUAUUGAUUAUUUUCUGAGCAACACCAAAAAUAAAUUCCCCUCUUUAAACAGCGUAAGUUCUUUAGCGAGCGUGUGAUUCUAGCGUAAUCUUGAUGGGGCCUUUAUGAGAAUGGUGCUCUGCACACGACAAUGCUUUUGCAACAAUGUGCUGCUUUACUAUCUCACAAAAAACACAAUCGUGAGUGUUAAAAACAUGGGAAAAACUUUUAAAAUGCAAUUAUGAACCGUGGAAUUUGAUCGCCUCGCAAGGGGUGAUUAUAGUCUCUUUGAUUCGCCUCGAUGUUCGUUUUCUAAUCGUCCGGCAACCCCCCUGGGGUUGUCACCGUUCAGUCACGUGGGACACUUUCAAUGCACAUUGUUGCCACUGAGAGAACGAGCGAAUACAUGCCUGCUUUUUUUAUGUAAGAAUUUUUGCUUCCAUCACUUGACGUAAUUUUUACAUGCUGUAAGGAGUGACAUUAAGCUACGUUGAGUGUAAUUACAUUUAAAAACCGAAAGCGUGAAUAUUCUAAUGUUAAGAGAACAGGUUAUGUUUUUGAAAAUAAUAUUUAUUAUAUCAGAUCAAUAAAAUUGUUCCAUUGUUACCGCAUCUUUGUGUUGGAAACGUUUUACCAUAAGCUCCAGCGCAGAGCAAAAUAAACGUAGCUUUUAGAUUCAAAUCGA